AUGGCUUCUUCCAAGUUCCUCUGGGGAUUGCGUGGCAGCUCCCUUACCCUCGCUCAGCUAGCCCUGAUUGUCUGUCCUUCAUAUGUCCUCUUCGGUUACAACCAGUCCAACCUAGGAGGUCUCGUCUCGCUGUCUGACUGGAUUGCCCUAUUUCCUCGCAUCGAUACACACACCACGAGCGGUGCACAAAAGAGUGACAAUGCCACAGUGCAGGGUGUUGUCAUCGCCUGCUUCACACUCGGAGCCCUACCCGGUUGUCUAUCAUGCUCCUAUACGUCAGACAAAUUUGGCCGCCGCCCUGUGAUUUUCGUUGGAGCCGUCUUGACACUUAUCGGACAGAUUCUGGAGGCAUCUGCAUUCCAUCUCGCCCAGCUAGUCGUCGGUCGUACCAUCCUUGGUGUCGGGGUUGGAAUGCUCAGUGGGACAGUCCCAACCUGGCAAAGCGAAUGCUCAAACUCAAAGAAUCGUGGCAAACACGUCGUCUUAGAUGGUCUCUUCAUCUCUCUCGGUUAUGCCCUACAGGCCUGGAUCAAUCUGGGCUUCUACCAGUUCGAAACCGGGCCUGUGACCUGGCGACCACCCGUUGCGCUGCCUUGCUUCCUAUCCCUCGUCCUCAUGGCAUCCAUCUUCUUCAUGCCCGAAUCGCCUCGCUGGCUUGCGCGCGAGAACCGGGUGAGUGAAGCCCAGGACACUCUCUCCUCUCUGAAGGACUCGCCCAUCGAUUCACCCGAAGUCACAUCCGAGAUUGUUAGUAUCGAGGCGUCUCUAGAGCAAACUGCCAACCACGCCGGCAGUCUGCUAGACCUAUUCAGCAUGGGCGAAGGUCGACUCCUAUAUCGCUUCAGCAUCUGCAUCCUACUGCAAUUCUACCAGCAGAUGGCGGGUGGAAACCUCAUAUCGGUGUAUUCGACUGUCAUCUUCCAACAAGGUCUCGACCUAGACGCCCAAACAUCACGAAUUCUCUCCGGAGGCACACUCACAUGGAAACUCCUAUCCUGCUUCGUCUCGUUCUUUACGAUCGACAGACUCGGCCGUCGAUUCGCGUUCAUCGUCAGCGGCACAGGCAUGGCAGCAUGCAUGCUGGGACUCGCGGUGUCUACUUCGUUCCCUCGAUCUGAUUACGCAGCGCAGAUUGUCAGCGUCCUCUUUAUUUUCCUCUUCAACUUCUUCCUCCCCGUCGGCUUCCUCGGCGCAAACUUCCUCUACACCACGGAGAUUGCACCAACCCGGCUCCGCGUGGCUAUGUCCAGUAUCUCGACUGCAAACCACUGGCUUUGGAACUUCGUUGUGACCAUGAUCACACCCGUCGCAAUCGAGAGCAUCGGGUAUAAAUACUACAUCGUGUACACCUGCAUCGGGUUCUGCAUCCCGUUGUCGAUCUACUUUCUCUACCCCGAGACCAUGGGACGCAGCCUAGAAGAAAUCGACCUUAUCUUCCGCGAAAGCCCGUCCGUACUUGCUACCGUGAGGCAUGCAAAGAAGAGACCGAGUAUCCCGCUUGACCAGCAGCUGUCUGGCAAGACAUCAUCUGCACAUGAGGAGGUUGUCGGGGAGAAAAGUGUUUGA